CUUAUGGCCGCUCGUAAUAAUAAUCCUAUGUGAGCGUUCCGGUAAAUGGAAGAGCCUCUCAGUUGGUGUCCAACUGCCGUCACGUCAAACUAAAGUUGUCCACUUUCUGUGCCAGCCUAAACUAAAAUAGACACGAUGUCGCUUCUAACGGGCAGCGCCAAUGCUGUGAAAUACACGCUCUUUGGAUUUAACUUGAUCUUUUUGAUCACCGGCAUUAUUCUGAUUGCCGUUGGAGCCGGAGUUGGGGCCGUCUACACGGGCUAUGAGCUCUUCCUAGCCGGCAAGUUCUUCUCGAUCCCCACGUUCCUGAUCGUGAUUGGAUCGUUCAUCAUCGUGAUCUCAUUCUUCGGCUGCUGGGGUGCCCUGAAGGAGAACUACUGCUUGGUGCUCAGCUUCUCGAUCAUGCUGGCCAUCAUCUUUAUCCUUGAGCUGGCUGCCGGUAUCAGUGGCUAUGUCCUGCGCAACGACGCCUCCAAAUUGAUUAAAACAUCGCUGACUGCCUCGCUGCAUGAGUACGGUGGCGACAAUCAGAACGCGACGACGCGCCUCUGGGACGAUGUGCAGCGGGAAUUCGACUGCUGUGGCGUCACCAGCUACUCGGACUGGAACGUGACCUUCGCCAACGACGAGCUGCCCAUCUCCUGCUGCACCAUUCCCGUAGGCGCUGUGGGCACCUUCAACUGCUGGUCCAACGUGACCAGCGUCGCAGUCCGCCAUGUGGACGGCUGCCUCGACGGAUUCUCCGGCUACAUUUCCGCCCAUGCGGUCAGCCUGGGAGCGGCGGGCGUGGUCAUUGCCAUCCUGCAGUUCUUCGGCGUCAUCUUUGCAUGCUAUAUCGCUCGUGAGAUCAAGAUUCGUAACGGCAUUACUGGCUUUAUGUAAGUCCUGAGGAACUCUAUUCUGUGAGAUGCGGAACAGGAACUAAGGGAGCCAAGCUCAGCUGUUUACUUUUAGGACUCUACUAAAUUCUAUGGAUGUUUUUAGUUCUAUAUUGACUUUUCCUUCUGCUUAUAUGAAUAAAAAUAUAUAAUUCUAAAAAAAAGUUGGAAGAAACA